UAGGAGGGAUUUAAGGGGCUUUCUAUGGCUAUAGACUACAAGGACAAAUAGCACCCCCAAACCCCCCCAGCUCAGUUAUGAAGCUGCUCAUGGGGAGAAGAUGGCAGGAGAGAUUUCGGUCUAAGGGGGAUGAGCUGAGCUGAGGGCAUUGCUCCAUCCUUCCCUCCAGACAGGCAAAAAAAUGUAAUCGGAGGAGCUGCAAAGCAGCCUGCCAGCUCUGGCACCCUGCAUCCCGCUGCCUCGGGCAUCUCUUCCUCUCCCCGCUUUGCCUCCUGCAAGAUUCAAGCCUUUCCUUCGCAGCCUCGACUCCUGACAACCCUUGUCAAUAAAUGAGGGAGCAUAAUGCUGAACAGCAUCACCGAUGGGCUCCUCUGCUGCCUGAUGGGCAAGACGACCAACGCCGUGGGGCCACUGGACAGCGUUGAGUCCAGCAACGGCUACAGCUUCAUGGAGGUGAAGCCGGGGAGGAUCCUGCGGGUCAGGCACAGCAUUCCCAACCGCCCAACCCCGGAGGAACCCCAGGAACCCCAACCCGGGGGUGCGGAGCGGGGCACGGUGCACUGCAAACGCAAGAUCACCGUCUACCGCAACGGGCAGCUGGUGAUCGAGAACCUGGGGGACGCCGUCCGCUCCGAGAUCCUGCACUGCCAGAACAGCUCGGGGGAACCCAACAGCACCGUGGAGCUGGAACUCUCCGACGUGACCGGUCAAACUCCCUGCCAGGCUCCCUCCGGCACGCCGGGCUGCGGCACGCCGGGCUGCGGCACGCGGGAGGCCGCCCCCGCCAAGCGCCGGAAGCGUAAACCCAAGAAAGUCGUCAACAUUGACUGCAAGAAGCAGAUCACGAGCUGCAAAGGGACGCACAGCGACGUGGUCCUCUUCUUCAUCCACGGCGUGGGGGGCUCGCUGGACAUCUGGAAGGAGCAGCUGGACUUCUUUACCAAGCUGGGCUACGAAGUGGUGGCUCCCGACCUGGCUGGCCACGGCUGCAGCUCGGCCCCCCAAAUUGCUGCUGCCUACACCUUCUACGCGCUGGCGGAGGACAUGAGGGCCGUCUUCAAGCGCUACGCCAAGAAGAGGAAUAUCCUGAUAGGACACUCCUACGGGGUGUCCUUCUGCACCUUCCUCGCCCACGAGUACCCAGACCUGGUCCAUAAAGUGAUCAUGAUCAACGGAGGGGGCCCGACAGCGCUGGAGCCCAGCCUCUGCUCCAUCUUCAACAUGCCCACCUGCGUCCUGCACUGCCUGUCCCCGUGCCUGGCAUGGAGCUUCCUCAAGGCUGGCUUCGCUCGCCAGGGUGCCAAAGAAAAGCAGCUGCUGAAGGAAGGCAACGCCUUCAACGUCUCCUCCUUCGUGCUGCGCGCCAUGAUGAGCGGGCAGUACUGGCCGGAGGGCGACGAGGUCUAUCACGCCGAGCUGGCCGUGCCCGUGCUGCUGGUGCACGGGAUGCACGACAAGUUUGUCCCCGUGGAGGAGGACCAGAGAAUGGCUGAGAUCCUGCUGAUCGCCUUCCUGAAGGUGAUCGACGAAGGCAGCCACAUGGUGAUGAUGGAGUGUCCCGAGACAGUCAACACUCUGCUCCACGAGUUUGUCCUGUGGGAGCCCGAGACGCCGCCUGGGGACGGGCAAGGGGAGAAGAAAUAAAACGGAGGGACGUGGUGACCGGGCUGCUCCCGUGGGAGAGACGUUUCGGAGAGGAGAAGGGGUUUGUGAGAGCAGAGGGGUGAGGUGGAGGCUGCCCUCACCGGGAGGCUCAGCCGAUUUUGUUUCCCGGCCGCCUCAGAGGCCGGUGAUGGAGCAGGGAGGCUCCCCUGGGCAGGGCUGCGUGGGGCCAGCAGCAGGAACACGGCAAACCUGGUCCCCAUCCCCUCGGGGCCGGCACGGCAGCCGCUGGAGCGUCUUCAUCCUGUUUCUUUGUAGUAUUAUUUUCCUCACGCAGCAACCCCCCCCGGCCCCGGGGACAGAGAGGAGGCGGCGCUGCGGGGAGACCCGUCCCACCUGCAGCAAAACGGGAAGAAAUUGGGGGGAUUCCUUCAGGGAGAGCGCGUCGGCUCCGGCACCUUCUCGGCCAGGGAUGGAGGAGCUGAGCUGGGAUUGAUUUAAAGGGAAGCCAAAGGCUCCUUGGCCUCAGCAGUGGGAUUUGCCUCUCUCAGCCCUGGAGGACCUCGAUCGAUGUGGAACAAUGGGACCACCAUGAAUGCCAGCAGUCUGCAACGUGGUGUCCAGCAGCUCCUGGCUGGCUCUGGUGAAGGUUUGCCUGCGCAGCUCAUCUCUGCCUGGCCAGGAGCUGAGGAUGAGGAGGUGACCUGCUCCUGUGGGCACAGCCAGGAGGCCCGUCAGCUCCCCCCACCGUGGUGGGACCCACGUGGCUGUUGGGUGGGGAGGACAACGCCAAGCCUGAGCUCUCCUGCGGUCCCCGGUGCCACCCUCCGUGCAGUCACGUCCCCAACCACCGUCGCUUUAGGUACCGCAGCACCGGCUUCUGCAGAGCCCUCUGCUCCCCUCCUAUCCCAGAGAUGCUCAGAGCCAGCACCAUCCCGCAGCGACUCCCGCAGCGUCCCGUCCGCUCGUCCUUUCCCAACUUCCAGCUCCUCCUCC